UACGUAUAUGUGUAUGUGAACAUGUAAAUCGGUGCAUUCACAAUUCCACAUGGUGUUUCUGGCCUUUCAGUAGUUAGUGUCAGGAACUGUUGGAUGUCAGAACCGGUGAUACCUGUGUAAGUAAUAAUUUAAAACAUGGUGUGAAUAUAGUUCUGUUUUACCAGCUUGUUGUAUGAAACAGGAUUCAUGAGGAAGUACACUUGCUGGGCUGUUGGAAUUUCAUUUUCGAUUUAAGUCUCAUUGAAGUGAGGUUCAGAUUCUUAAAGCAAUCGGUUGUUUUUACUUUCUGUAAUUUACUGUAGGUGGUGGAAGUUUGAUAAGAAUUGUUUGUAGACUUUGGCCAAAGGGUUACCUUGUAGAAUCAAAGGGGCUGUUCAAAUUUGGGAUUGAGUUUGGAUUCUGAAGGUAAAGUAAGGUCAAACUUCUGAUCGUUGAGUGCUGAGAUGUUUGAAUGUGGAAUGGUGGGACGCCUUGGCUCGUACAGUGUGCUAUUACUCAAGAAGCAUCUUGAAGAAGCACUAGGAUUUAAUAUGUUGUCUCUGGCCACUGCUCUUUAGCGAUUCUGGAUUACUCUGCUCUUUUUAUUUUAUGUUCUGAUUUACUGUAUUUUCAUUCGGUGCAAAACAUAAAUGGGAAUGAACCCUCACAGUAUUACAAGCAACGCACCAUUGAAAAGACAAAUGGGGUCUGCUCUCUCCUGUUGGUAUUGCAGUUACACGGUACUUAUACAUACGGAGUCAGGAGUGUGGUUAUUUUACUGCCGAUCACUGGAGAUGGAAGCAGAGUCGGACACGGGCAAGUACAAACCACAUUUUUAUAGCUAAACACCUUUCCUGAUUUUCGGGGGGGGAACUGGUUUGAUGGAACAUGUUUGGAAGACAGAAGACUGGCUGCACAGAUACAGUGGAGCUUAGAUGAGAAGGACCUCCAGCAGGUGAUGGUGUCCGGACCGAACCUCAAUGAGACCAGCAUCGUUUCCGGGGGAUACGGAGGCACGGCCGAGGGCAUUAUUCCCACCAGCUCCAUCAAAGGGCCCGCAAUCCGCUUCAACCCCGCCUAUCUGGACCGAAGGCCCAGGGGCCCUGCUGUCGGACAAGACCUGCGCAUGAAGUCCAGGGGGUUUAGCAUUCCUCCCAGCCAGUCCGCAGCCAGUCGGAUAACCGGCCAAUCAAAGGACACCAGAGAGAGUGCACACAGACCCACAUCUCCCCUCUCCCCCUCUCACCCAGGGGCUAACAUGCAUCACAGCAGCAGCAGCCAAUCGCUGACGGCGGAGGAGGUCUCCCGUGGCGUUGCUGUGGAGAAGUUCGACAUCAUGAAGAAGUGGAGCAUCAACACCUACAAGUGCACGAAGCAGAUGAUCUCGGAGCGUUUUGGGCGGGGCUCGCGGACGGUGGACCUGGAGCUGGAGGCACAGAUCGAGGUGCUGCGGGACACCAAGUUGAAGUACGAGAACAUCCUGCGGCUGGCCCGGGCGCUCACCAACCACUUCUACAACAUGGUGCAGACCCAGCAUGCACUGGGGGACACCUUCGCCGACCUCAGCCAGAAGUCGCCAGAGCUGCAGGACGAGUUUGGGUACAACGCAGAGACGCAGAAGCUUUUGUGUAAGAACGGGGAGACCUUGCUGGGCGCCAUCAACUUCUUUGUUUCCGGUAUCAACACGCUGGUCAACAAGACCAUGGAGGACACGCUGAUGACCAUCAAGAUGUACGAGAACGCAAGGCUGGAGUUCGACGCGUACCGCGCGGACCUGGAGGAGCUGAACACGGGCCCGCGGGACGCCGCCACGCUGGCGCGCAUCGACACGGCGCAGCAGCAGUACCAGAUCCACAAGGACAAGUACGAGAGGCUGCGCAGCGACGUCACCAUCAAGCUCAAGUUCCUGGACGAGAACAAGGUGAAGGUGAUGCACAAGCAGCUCCUGCUCUUCCACAACGCCAUCUCGGCCUACUUCGCCGGCAACCAGCAGCAGCUGGAGCAGACGCUCAAGCAGUUCAACGUCAAGCUGAGGCCGCCGGGCUCGGACAAGCCGUCCUGGCUGGAGGAGCAGUGAUGGGUGGGGGGGGGGUCUGACGGACCGGACGGGCACACGGAGCGGAGGUGGGACGGAAAGGACGCGCGCACACGUGGACGUACGAGUGAACGCAGGACAGAACAGCGGAUAGCGGCAGUGACGGGGGGGGAGGGGGGAGGUGGGGGAGGCCAACGGCGAGGAAAUACGCAAACCGCAGGGAACGAGGCUCGCCGUUCCGUUCCUUCUCUCUCCCCCUUUUCUCUGCCUCCCUUCUCCUUUUCCCUUCUCUGGGAUCUCUCCAUCUUUGUGUUUAGAGCUCACACUCCAUCCAUCCUCGCCAGUGAUGAAAGGUUUUUUUUUUUUUUUUUUUGAGGGUGGCUCCCCAACAUUAUAGCUCAUGAAACGUGGACAAUAACAGAAGCUUCAGCUUCACCUCCUGUGGGCGUCUUUUUUGGUAAAACUCUGGACUUUUCUGCUGAUUCUAUCACAGGAGCCCUUUUCACGGAGUCCAGAAGGUCAGCAGCUCCCGUGUCCCAGAGUCAAUUUCCCUCCCGUUGCGUCUGGGAGCGAGGCAGUGAGCGGCCAUCUUACGUGUUCCUCCCAAGUUUACCGCUGCUUGUGCUUCUGAAGAAGGGCAAAAUUAAUGCAAAUGGAGGCGUGACAUCACUGGUGAAAAAUCACUGAUUCUGAAUGUGGCAGCUGCAUGAGAAAUGACAGGAAGUGGAAACAUUGGACUUCAUUGAAGUGGCGUUAGAAAUGCAGGACAUUAGACAUUUUUUUCUCCAUUAAAUGUUUUUUUUUAAAAUCCACAGAUGAUAAUAUAAUCUAUAUUGUAUGUUUGUUUUUUUUUUGUUUGUUUUUCACUUGAUGGUUAUCUGGACCAGGAAGGGAAUGUGUGUGUUCCCUUGUGUAUAUUUUGCCCAAUCACACUGUCAUAUUUGGAUAAAUACAAAUAUAAACGAAACUAGUCCCCAACCAUAAAUUGUGUAAUAUAUUUUUAAUACAUGAAGCCUUAGACCCAGAAGGAUUCAGAGGUAUUUAAGCUGAGUAGCAGUAUUAGAUGGAAUUAUUUUGAUUGUAGAAAAACUAAGCACUCACUGUAUGCAGCAUAAAGUACUCCAUAGACAUUACACAUAUAUCACAUAACAUUGCAUACAGUACAUACAGGCAUACAGUAAGGUUAUUUAUAGGCAUUGUGAGAUAAAGCCAAUGCCUGUCUAAUAUAACAUAAAAUAAGUUGUUAAAAUGAAAAUGGUAAAAUGGUAUGUAAAAAUGUAUGGGGAAAAUGGUAUAGAAAGAAUUUUUAAAAGUAUAUGUAACGUAGAGUAAUUUACUGGGAGAAGUCGAAAUAAUCAUGAUGAAAUUAAAUCCACGUUAUUUGGAAAGCGA